CUGGUAGGCGGGAAGAGGGGGAGUCAGUUCGAGGUAGUAAGUGCACUCACUGUGCAUUUAAUUGUCUAGUCUAGUAACCCAAAGGCUGGGUGGAACUGGAAAUCUCCACCGAGGAGAGACGUUGCUGUAGCUAAACUUUCCCACGCUGUCCUCGUUACUAACCUUGCACUCGUUUGCUUCGUAAAUUAAAAAGUUGUACCUGCUGGUUGACUCAAGUUACUAGCGCGAUUGUUCAUCUCCAGCUCUACUGAGCACCGGUUUGGUGCAUAUUUGACUUAACUCUGGGGGGAAAAAGACCUAAUCAAGAUGCCUCUGGGACCUAUAAUGAGAUUAGAUCUAGAGAAACUAGCUCUCGACUAUAUUGUGCCCUGUCUGCAUGACAUCGGCUUCUGCUACUUGGACAAUUUCCUGGGCGAGGUGGUAGGGGACUGUGUGUUGGAGCGAGUGAAACAGAUGCACUAUAACGGGGAGCUGCAGGAUGGUCAACUAGCCGGCCGCAGCAAUGGCAUCUCCAAAAGACAUUUGAGAGGAGACCAGAUUAAGUGGAUCGGAGGCACCGAGGAAGGAUGUGAGGCCAUCAACUUUCUCUUGUCGUUGAUAGACAGGCUGGUGAUGUAUUGUGGAAGUAGACUGGGCAAGUACUAUGUCAAGGAAAGGUCCAAGGCAAUGGUAGCUUGCUACCCUGGGAACGGAACUGGGUAUGUUCGUCACGUAGACAAUCCAAAUGGCGAUGGGCGCUGUAUCACCUGUAUUUAUUACCUGAAUAAGGACUGGGACUCAAAGCUGCAUGGUGGAAUUCUUCGAAUAUUCCCGGAAGGAAAGUCCUAUGUAGCAGAUGUUGAGCCCAUUUUUGACAGGUUACUUUUUUUCUGGUCAGACCGAAGGAACCCACAUGAAGUGCAACCUUCCUAUGCAACCAGAUAUGCCAUGACUGUGUGGUAUUUUGAUGCUGAAGAAAGAGCAGAAGCCAAAAAAAAGUUUAGGAAUUUAACUGAUGCCGGGAAGACAGAAGCUGUUCUCCAUGAAGACUGAACAGUGAUCUGCUGGCAUAGUGCUUUUAUCACAACCGUUUCUGAACUCUUUGCAAAUGAUGAGAUCCAAAGGCGACAUGUCCAUUUCCAGUGAAACAUUAGACAUUCUUCUUACCCACAGGAAUGUGCUGAUUUGUCUAACACCUGCAUAUUACAUUGAUGGUACUCUCAGUAGCCUCCUAUCAUGUCUGCAUCUGGCAGAAGGAACCCUUGUUUUCUAUUUGCCUUUAACUGAAGAAAGUAACCAAGAUUUUAGUAAAAGAAGAAUGUUACCAAAGCCUAAUGCAAGUGGCUAAGCCAGCUGGCUUUUAGUAAUGGUGGUAAUAAAGAUAACAAGUAUUGGAACCAG